CUGGAUUAAUUAAUUUAUUUUAAUUGUACUUAUAAUUCGUUUCUCAAUCUGGAAUUGUUUAUCAAGUUCAAAACAAAUCUAACAAUCCAUUAUAAUAAUGUUGCCAAAGAAAAAACGUUGGAUGGCAGCUGCACACACUUCUACAAGUUUAAUUUCCCCUGCUUCUACUGUGACUACUGUUUCAAAUAUUGGUUCAAAAAAGCUGUGCUGUGAUACACCUAUGCAAACAGUCGGGUCAAUUUCUAGAUCAUUACCAAAUUCAAUAGCUUAUCCUCAAUUACCGGCUAAGUCAUUAACAUCUGGGAGUUCACUAUCAGCUGGAGAUCCAUAUAGUUUAUCUGUGCUCCAACAUCAACAACAAUCUAUUCCAAAUCGAUCAACAUCUAAUUUAACUACCGAGUAUUUACAUGGUGAUCGUAAGUCACAAACAGUAACAUCUAGACAAUCUAGUCAUUCUAUUAAGUCUACACUACCUGGACGUCGAAAUGAUGUGAAUUCGAACUUGAUAACGACAAUUUCUCAAUAUCCUACGGAACUAUUACAACAACAACCUGGAUUACUUCUUCAGGUACUACCACAGGAAUAUCUUGCAAAUUAUGCUCAGAAUUUGGCUAGGCUUAAUCUUAACAAAAAUUCUGGAGAUGCAGUGCAUCUUCCUAAUGACUGUUCCUUAGGAACUAAAGUAAACAAGGUAGACGACACUUUAUCUUCUAUACCGAAUACUGGGUAUUCUCAGAGUUUAUUACAUCAGCAUGAUACUCAGGGACGUCAGACUCAAAUGUCUACUCAUAAUAAUUCGCCGAAUCUACCACUCAGGAUAAAAAGCCCAGACAAUUCGAAGAUUCAGCGGACACCUCAAUCACUCAGGUCUAGUCCUAUGCUUAAUUCACCUGUAUUCCAAUAUCCAGCACCUACCAGCUCGCAGAGGUUUUCUCCUCCUCCCCAUCCACCUCCCAGACGUUUAAGUGGUUCUGCUGAGCAAACAAGACAUGCUAAACCUUUGGCACAAAGUCAUCAAUUAUCCAGUGGGUUUGACUUACCAACAAUAUCUGCUGUAGCUAGAGCAGCCAGUAUGUUAUCACCUUCUCAACUUGAAGCUGCAGCUGCAUUACUUUCCCAGUGGGAUAAUGCUAACCAGUUAGCAUUAUUAACUAAUAAUUCCUCAUACAGAAACUUAUGCAACAUUAUCGAUUCCUCUGGAAAUAAACAACCGGUCAAUCCAGGUCUUAGUUUUUCUCCACCAGUAUCUUCUGAAUCAAAUCCUGUUACUGGUGGUUACGUUGAAAAUCAUGUCCAAAUCACAAACAGAAGCGGGACUGCAACCGAUUGUAAACCACGGAGAAUUAAUGAUUUAUCAUUGGCCAAUAAUAGAACGAUUCCAUCCGUCUCAACAGGAACAAUGUCUGAUUUAAGAUACCCUAGUAUGAAAACUAGUCCUUCUUUACCAAGAUCAAUGGAUCAAUUAACAAAUCGUUUUAAUUCACGUUCUUCAACUCCUAUAAAUGAACCAGUGAACAAAUACGAUCAAAUGGGUUGUCCACCUUGGUUAACAACUGAUCAGAGUACUUACUCAUCAACAGAUUCUUCCCAUUCUAGUAAAUUACAACCUAUUUCACAUGAUCACACAACCGAGUUAGCUGAUUCCAGACUGGCUAUACUACACGAUGCAAAAUUAGCUUCAUUGAGUGUAGAUUGGCCUUCUUGUACAAUGACUCAAAAUAUACCUAUGAGUAAAGCAAGUCGAAUUAGAUCGUCGAGUUCUUUCUCAUCAUCAGUAUGCACGGCAUUGGCUUCUUUUUCUAACACUACUCCUGAAUCCUCAUUUCCCUCAAAUCAGUUACAUGCAAAGACAGCAACAACUAAUUCAUUAUCUUCAUCAAUAUCAUCAUCUGUUUCUCUUGUUGCCUCUGAAUCUCUUGUUAGAAGUCCUAUUUCUGGUCAUUGUAGUCCUACUAUUCCUAUGAAUUUCAACCCUAAAGGACUCUCUACACAAACUCAACCAUACAUUUGUUCAUCAUCUUGUCAGACAUUCAACUCUUUAUCUCCAAAUACUGGAAUAAAUAGAAUUCCAAACUCUAGUAGCCAGUCACAAUUCUCAAAGCUUUCUGGAGAAAAAUCUCCAACUGUUUAUUCUUCAUGUGGACAAUUUUCGCCUAUGAAUACAAAUUCAACUACUCCCAAUGAUACUGUUGAAUUGUCUAACAAAACAGAAACUGAUCGUUCUAACAAUUGUCUUGGUAAGCGAUCUACACCACCUGAACAAGUUAAACAACAUGUUUCAGUAGGUACGCCAAAUGUAAUGCCAACUUUGUUGCCACAGUCUAAACAAGAGUGUACAAGGACAAAGUUUACUUUUGACACUAAUUUAUCAGAUCAUCAUCGAUCUCGAAGCAUUUCAAUGCCAUUGAAAAAACGACUUAUUCAACGUUAUGAAGCUGAUAGUGUAGAUAUUAAAUCAUCAGAGUUAUCAGCACGUAAUCCUGUUAAGAAUGAAUUUCCUAUGGAUAGUUCUAAAGUUCAUAAUAAAUCAACUUAUGCAGAAGAUAUGAAAAACAAUCAAUAUUCGCCGGAAAAUCGGAUUUCAAUGAAAGAUAAUGUUGUAGAAAAAUUAGAUUGUCAAGGAAGAAAGUUUAAACAAAAAAAACGUACUAAAUAUGAAACAGAUGGAAUGUUAAACAUGAAUACCGAUGAAAGUAAAUCAACUAAAAUUCGUAAAAAAUCUUCAUCAAAUUCUUUAAGAAAAUCUCAUUUAAAAACUACACGUCGAUUAAAACAUUCAUUAAAUGAUAAUAUUGAAUUAAAAUCAAAUAUGAAUAAACAAUUGUCAACAAUGAACUUAGAACUUGAUGACAACAUUCAUGAUGAUGAAGAUGAAAAUAUUAUUGAUGAUGAUGAUGAAGAAGAAGUGAAGGAACUAGAAGAAAAUGACAAUGCUGUUGAUGAAGAUCAAAGAAUUAAACAAACAAUGAAUAAACGAAAUUCUAGAAAGCAUAGCUCAAGUGCAAAUAGUACAUCAAGUUUAUCACAUUCUUCAUUAGGUAAUGAUUUAAUUAGAGGUGGUAGUGUAAAAAAACGUAUGGCUGCUGUUAAUGGUAAUCUUAUGAUGAUGGUUACUGCAUACGCUCAAAGAAGUACUAGUUCAGGUAGUAAUAACAGUAAUUGUAGUAGUUCGUCUAGUUUACAAAGUGUUGAUGGUGAAGUCAGUGAUGAUAAUGAGGCAUGCUUAAAUUCUUCAUCAAAUUCAUCUGUUAAUACUACACGUUCUAAAAGUUCCACUCAUCGACAUUUAUCUUGUUCGAGAUUACAGUCAUGUAAAUCUACUUUACAAUAUUUAACUACAAAUUGUACCACUUCUAAUACAACUAUUACUAUUCCUGAUAAUAAUAAUAAUAAUAAUGAUAAUAAUAAUAAUAGUAACUCGUUAACCCCUAAUGAUGGGUCACCCGCUGUUACAUAUUCAUCUAUGGAAAGUGUACAAACUGUCAGUGGUGAUGUUGCUAGUAGUGGCAGUUUAAGAAAACUGAAAAGAACAGCCGCUUUAACUGCAGCAUCUGCUACUAAAUCUGGAUCUUCAGUUACAACAGCGAAAAAACCUCGUCUCUCAUCUACAUCAUCAUUAACAACCACAAUGACAACAGGAAAAACAACAAAAACCUCAUGGAAAGAACAUCGAAAUGGUGAUAAUGGAAAGUCAAGCACUAUCAUUCAUGGCGAUGAUUCAGUAACACGUAUGAAAUUGAAAACCGAGUUAUUAAAUCAAGAUGAUUAUUCAUUGAUGUGUAAUAACUCUAUGCCAGAUGAAUUGUCAGCUGCUUUAGCUGAAGAAAAUUUAAAAUUUGAAGAACUUGUUGAACAGCUUCCUGGACCGCCUGACUUAAAUCGAACAGCCAAUAAAUCACUACAUCCUACACAUUCACUAAAUUUUUAUAAACGUAGUCAACGAGUAUUUGUUCAACUAAUCAGUUGUAAUGAUCCAGGAUUGAAACAAGUUCCAAAAUGUCGUGCUUGUCGUCAAACUAAAAUUUCUUAUGAGAAUUCACCUUCAAUUUAUGCAAAUGGACAAAUGAAUUCAGAUGACGAUGAUGAAGAUGAUGAUGAUGAUGAUGAAGAGAAUCCUAAACUUAUCAUCACUGAUAUUCCUAGUCCAAUUAAUAAUAAUCAAAAUUUUUCGAAUAAAAUAAAUAAAGAUAUUGAAUUUAAAAAACCACGUGGUCGAGGAACUACUCUAGAUAAGAAUAAACGAAAAGAAAAUAUCAAUGACAAAUCUAAGAAUAAACGAAAUACUACAAAUUCAUUAUCAGUGUCAGUAUUCUGUCGUUUUUGGGGAUUUAGAAAAUUAUGUUAUAAUAGUCGAGGUGUAUUGAAAAUAGCUGAUUUUUGUCGAUCUACUGAAUCUGAUGUAUUAGAACGUUCAUUAUGGGAAAUGUAUCAUCCAGUUUCUCCAUUUCUAAGCACAUACGCUGCUAGAUAUCUUUUAGAAUGUGCUGGUGGUUUAUUCUGUCAUCUUCUUCAUCAAGAAUUAACAAGUUUAAAUAGUAAUCAUGGUUAUCAAGCUCAAAGUGAAAAAAUCAACUCAAUCACCGGGAAAAAUAGAAUUAGUAGUCAUACACUGGAAUCAAACAAUAAAAAUGAUGGCAUCAUCAAUUCAGUUGCAUGGAAAAGACCAGUAAAAGGUGUACGUGAAAUGUGUGAUGUCUGUGAAACAACAAUGUUCAAUACACAUUGGGUUUGUGGUAAAUGUGGUUAUUCAGUUUGUACAGAUUGUUUAAAUGAAUCAAAAUCAUCCAAUGAUAUGUGCAACAGUAAUUUAGAUACACGUGAUCAUACAAAAUUCAAUGAAAAUAGUACAGUGGAAAAAAAAGGCAAAUUCAAAUAUAUACGAGGUCGUGGUUGUCCAUACGGUUGGGCAUCGUGUACUACAACACGUCAACAUCAUGAUCCAAAUAAACUUCUAUUAACUUCUUUAUUACCAUCUGGUAUUAUUGGUCGAUUAAUUCAUCGAUUACAUCGUAUAGCUAAUCAAUAUCAGAUUAAUUUAAACUGUGGUUGUUCUUCAUCUUCUUCAACUAUGAAUAAUAAUGAUACAACACAUUUAUCAGAUGAUACAUUAUUAUUUAUGAAACCAAUGAAAUCAUUAGAAAAUCAAGAAUGUUUAGAUCGAAAUUCUCUUGAUUUAUUAGCUGAUAUUGCUUUGAAAGCUGACAUAGGAAAACCUGCAUCACUUGCUGCUACUGGUAAUAUGAAUAACAAUAGUAACAGUGUUACAAAUAAUGUUGCUGUAAAAACUGAAUCUAACACUUCACAUAAUAAUCUUUCUUCUUCUACAAUAAUUGACGAUGGAAUUAGUUUAUUAGAUAAUGACAUCAAUAAUAAACGUACAGUAAUGAUGACAAUAAAUUUUCCAUCUCAUAGUUGGAUUCAUUCCAGAAGAAGAAGACAUAUUAUUGAUCAACGAUCCUGUAGUCAAAAGAUAAAUGAUGCAACUACCAGUAGUAGUAGUAAUACAAUCAUUACUAAUAAUAAAAUUAUUCAUAAUGAUAAUCAUGGAUUUGAUUCUCAUAAAGAAUCAAAUAUGAAAAUUUAUCAAUCUUCUGAAAUGAUCACCAAUCAUCAUCGACAUCAUCAUCAUCAUCAUCACAAUCCCAUUUUCUUGCGUUUACAUUGUCCUGAUUCCGCUGGAAAUUUGUUAGCAUUUCAAUCUGAAUGGAAACGUAAUCAUCCACUUGUUAUAUCUGGUUGUCAUCAUAAAUUUACACAAGAAUUAUGGACUCCACAAAGUUUUUCAAAUGAUUUUGGUGAUAUGAAAACAACAUUAAUUGAUUGUGCUACAGGUGCUGAAAUAUCACGUUAUACAUUAAAAUCAUUUUGGGAUGGUUUUGAAAAACGUGAAUGUCGAAUCACUAGUAAAGAUGGUCGUCCACUUUGUUUAAAAUUAAAAGAUUGGCCAACUACAGAUGAUUUUGCUGAAUUACAACCAAAACGUUUUAAUGAUUUGAUGUUCAAUCUACCAAUGUCAAAUUAUACCCAACGUGAUGGUCAAUUAAAUUUAGCUGCUAGAUUAUCAUCCUUUUUUGUUUGUCCUGAUUUAGGUCCAAAAUUAUAUGUAGCUUAUGGAACAGUUGGUUCAUGUUCUAUUAGUACAACAAAUUUACAUGUGGAUAUAGCUGAUGCUGUGAAUGUGAUGUUGUAUGUAGGACAACCAACCGAUUCAUUGAAUGCAAUGUUAACUAAUGCUGAAGCUAUUGUAAACAUAUUAGCAAAUGCUCAUGUAGAUGAUAGUUAUUUAGAAAGAGCUUUAAAUUGGUUGAAUAAAAUUAAAUCACAUCAAACUGAUGUACAUAGUAAUAAUACUGAUAAUAGUAUUAAUAAUAAUAAUAACAAUAGUAACAAUACUACUACUACUACUACUACUACUACUACUACUACUACUACUGUUACUACUACUAAUCCCACUACUACUAUCACUGAUACUACGACUCAUGGAACUGAUUCUGAAGUAGAUAUUCCUGGAGCAUUAUGGCAUAUAUUUCUACCGGAAGAUUCAACUGGUUUACGUGAAUUUUUAUCAAGAAUAAGUGAAGAUGAAACUGGUACACCAGUGGAAUUAGGCAGUGAUCCAAUACAUGAUCAAUUAUUUUAUAUGGAUCAAUCAUUAUUAGAUCGUUUAUAUGAUUGUAUGGGUAUACAACCAUGUACUAUUGUACAAUUUCAUGGUGAUGCUGUAUUCAUUCCAGCUGGUGCUGCUCAUCAGGUACGAAAUUUAAAUAGUUGCAUUAAAGCAGCCGUAGAUUUUGUUUCACCAGAACAUUUACCUCAAUGCUUUCAAUUAAUGGAAGAAUUUCGUCAAUUAUCACCGACACAUCAAAAUCAUGAAGAUAAAUUACAAAUUAAAAAUAUGUUAUUUCAUGGAGUAAAAGAUGCUUUAUCGGUUCUAUUGACAAGUAAUAAUAAUAAUAAUAAUAAUAAUAAUAAUAAUAAUGAUAGUAAUAAUGAUAAUAAUCAAAAUUUAAUCAAUUGUAAAUUAGAAUUGAAUUCAGAACAACUAUCUCCAUGUACACACAAUAGAUCAUUGUCAACAACAACAACAACGUCUACAUCAUCGAUAAUGUUUACUAAUAAUGAUCAUCAAACUGCGUUAAAUAAUUCAAUUGUAAAAUCCGAAUUAAAUCCUGAAUCUUUUCAUCAUCUUAAUGCACAAAACUAUCAUGUUACAAAUUCUUUAAAGUCAAUGAAUAAUAAUACAACAGAUAAAGGUGGUCGAACUAGAGGUAGACCUGGACGACCUAAAGCAGUUGAUUUAACUAAUCAUGAAAAUAUUAAACCAUCAUCAUCUGGUUCCCCACCUCUGCCUUCAAUUCCUUCAUCGAAUCCUGUAUUAAAUUCAAAUUCAUUUCCAGUUGUACCUGCAAGUACUGUUGUUCCUGGAAACAAUGAUUGUAUCGAUGAUAUUGAUACAUCGAAUAAUCAUCCUGUUAAAUUUUCAAAUUCAUUUAAAAUUUCUUCUAGAGGCUCAUUUUCUACAAUAUCAUCAUCAUCAUCAUCAUCAUCGUCGUUAUCAUUCUCUCCAGAUAUAACCAAAGAUGUUAAAUUAAAUACUACUGCUGAUUGUGAUAAAAUUUCCACAACUAUGUCUAAUAAUCUUACUUCCUCUUCAUUAUUACUGUCUACUUCUUCUGUUUCUAGUCCAUCUGUGAAUUUAAAUACAACACAACUUAUCCCUUGUAAUUCUUUUCCUUUCCCGUCUACUUCAUCAUUACCAUCAACAUCUACGACGAUAUUAUCCUCUACUUUCUCUUCACCGAUCACUUCGUCUGUAUCUUCUGUCUUGUCAUCAUUAUCAUCAACAUGUACUACACAAAAACAACAACAGAAUUCUACUAAUCGUCUACUUAAUUUAAAUCACAAUGACUAUUUGUCAUAAUUAUUCUAUAUAUACAUAUGUUGUCCUGUAUGUAUACUCGAUAGUCUGUGUUCUCUAUUACACUUCUAUAUACAAAUCAUGAUUUCAUGUAAGUCUUUUGGUCAAAGAAAGAAAACAUAAAAAAAAGAGGCCAAACUGUAUACUACCUGUAGAAAUGAUUAGAAACAAUUUUUCUGUAUUUCAAUUGUUAUGGUGGAUAUGAUGAAGUCCAUGGAUUUAAUCUUCUGUUGAAUAAUUAGGCGCCAAUGUGUGAAUUGUAAUUUGUUGUAUAGUUCUGUUUUGUUUUUUUUUAAAAAAAAUUGUUUAUCUCUUUUCCUGUUUUAAUAUUGAUAAUAAUAAUAAUAAUAACGAUAUUAUCAUAACUUAAUAAAAUUGAUAAAUAUGUUGUAUUGACUGUCCUAUAUAUGAUCUUCUACAUAUUUCUCUUAUUCUUGUAUAUGUGUGUGUGUGUCUACCGAAUCUUCUGACAAAAAAUGCCAUUUUUCAUAUUCUCAUGAGUUCCCUCUUACACUUCUGUUACUUUCUUCAGCUCUUACUAUACAGCACAGAAAAUGUACUACUACUACUACUACUACUAC